ACACACUCACACACUCACACAGCAAGCUGAAGUUACAGUCUGCAUCACAGAGAGAGGAGGCGAUUCACCGCAGAGGAGCAAAGCAGGACAGAGAGGAGUUUUGGGACACGGCUGUGAAGGAUAGUCGGAGGACAACGCAGUGGCUGUGGAUUAUUUUGUCUUUCUCAAGACUGGCCAGCAGUCACUUUUUCCCUUCAGGAUUUUUUUCGGUUGAAAUGUUUCAGAAACUGACGGCAGAAUCCUUCAAUCCUGGUUUGGUGCAGUGCUGGAUCUGAGAACUGAGCUUAACUGCAGGUUUACAGUCACCAGGCCCAAGGGCCACCGGACUCAGAAAACAUGCUGGCUGCCAUGCUGCGCCAGAGUUCUGGCGGAGGAUCAGGAGGUGGCAGCGGCGGCAGCAGUGGUGGUGGAACCAAACUUUCUCUGGGCAUGUCCCGACUCUCCAGCUCCAGCUUGGGCUCGCCAAGCCCUACCAGCGGGGGCCCCUGGGCGCCGAGCAGGAUCUCUAAGGGAAGUUCGGUGAACUCAGACAGCCCAGAUGUACCCACCUCAGACCCAAUCUAUAUAAUGCAGCUGGUCAGCGAUGUGCGCAAGUUUGCUGAUGUGCUUCUGCAACUCAAAGAAGUUUUCAACUCCAAAGAACACCAGGACUGCCUCCAUCACGCAGUGCACGAGCGCCUAGGGGAGCUGCUUCGAGUCCUGAAGGCCAUUAUCAGCAAACACCAGAGCCUCAACUCGGUGGACAUCCUCAGUACUGCUGGAACCGUCAUCGCCACGGUCAAAGGGGUGAACUUUAAGGAGGUGAACGAAGAGAACAAACAGAAGCUGUUCGGAGAGAUCUACACUGCUAUUGACACAUUGGCGUUCACCUUUGGCAAUGUAGUGUCUGACUUCCUUAUGGGAGAUGUAGAGAAUGGAUCAGUGUUGGGGCUCCCCCUGACUAAGAGAAGCAGGUCUUUUGAGAACCUCUCUGUGGAAUCUGGAGGAUCCGGUCCCGAGAAAGAUGAUCCGCCAGGGCCGUCUCCGCCAGUUCGGGCAGAGGAGGUGGACAGGACACUGCAGCGUCAGGACAGCGGGGUUGAGUCAGCGCUGCUCUAUGCCAAGGCCUGGUCCAAGUACACCAAAGAGCUGCUGGCGUGGGUGGAGAAGCGUCUCAGUAUGGAUAUUGAGUGUGCAAAAAGUUACGCCAAAAUGGCCGAAUCUGCCAAGACGCUUGCAAGUCAACAGGAAUUUAUGCCUUUCCGUGAGAUCUACAUGACUGCAUUCAAAAAUGACACUGAAUACAGCCAGCUGGUACUUCACACCACAGCAGUACUCCAAAGCAACAAAUUUAUGCAGCCUCUCCUGUCCAGAAAGAAUGAGCUGGACAAACUCCGAAAAGAGGUCAAGGAGCAGUGGCAGAGAGAGCAAAAGAAAAUGAACGAGGCAGACAGUGCUCUUAGGAAGGCCCGGCUGCUGCAGGCUCAGCGGCAGGAGGAGUAUGAGAAGGCCAAGGUGUCCACCAGCCGGCUGGAGGAGGAGCAGAUCGGAGGAGGUGGAGGAGCAGCGGCUGUGAAACAGCUAGAGAAGAGGCGGAGGCUGGAGGAGGAGGCUCUGCAGAAGGCUGAGGAGGCCAGGGAGCACUGCAAAGCAUGUCAGGUUGAUGUUGCGGACAAGAGGGUCGAUCUUGCCAACACCAAGAGUGAGAUCAUCACUCAGCUCCGAGAGAUGGUCUCUCAGUGUGACCUCACCCUCAAGGCUGUGACGGUCAAUUGGUUCCAGCUCCAGCAGGCCCAGGUUGUGUCUCUCCCAGUCAACCACCAGAGUCUGUGUGAAAAUGCCAAACUGUACGAGCCGGGCCAGCGCUAUAUCGACUUUGUCAGGAGUCUACCCACUGAUGUGCCUCGUCUGGAGUCCCAUUCGUUUGAUUCGGCUGUCACACAAAACACAGGGUUGCCUUUCAACAAGCGCUUGCUGACAGGCAGCCACUCGUCCCACAGUAACCUGUCACAUGCAUCUGUGACCUCUGAACUCCUUGGUGCAGAUGAAGUGGAAAGUCCCAUCUCUGCCCAGCAUGCCAGGAUUGCAGAAAGGCGCUCCAACAGCAGCACUGACAUCCAAGCACUACGGAUUCAGGCUUCAUUUCGUCCCUGGGCCUCGGCCAGCCAGGGUGGAGGGAUGUGCAGUGAUUCAGAGAGUGCUGGAGGGAGCAGUGAGUCCCGCUCCAUGGAUUCCCCCACGGCAAGCCCAGGAGACUUUAAGAGGAGAUUACCCAGAACCCCCUCCACUGGCACCAUGUCGUCUGCUGAUGAUCUGGAUGAGAGAGAGCCUCCUUCACCCUCUGAUAACGGCCUAUCUGAGAUGGUAAUCGAAACAGCCAGCUCUCCAGGUCCCUUUCGAAACACCCAGAUGUCCAAGGCUGCUCAAACCCACAAGUUGAGGAAGCUCCGAGCGCCAUCCAAGUGUCGUGAGUGCGACAGCCUGGUGGUGUUUCACGGAGCAGAGUGCGAGGAGUGUUCAUUAGCCUGCCAUAAGAAGUGUCUGGAAACCCUGGCCAUCCAGUGUGGCCAUAAGAAGCUCCAGGGGAGGCUCCACCUCUUUGGCAUCGACUUCACACAGGCGGCUAAAAACAGCCAGGAUGGCAUCCCCUUCAUCAUACGGAAGUGUACAUCAGAAAUUGAGAACAGGGCCCUCAACAUCAAGGGAAUCUACCGCGUGAACGGUGCCAAGUCUCGGGUCGAAAAGUUGUGCCAGGCUUUUGAGAAUGGCAAGGAUUUGGUGGAGCUCUCUGACCUUUAUCCCCACGACAUAAGCAACGUACUCAAACUCUACUUGAGACAGCUUCCUGAGCCACUCAUCCUGUUCCGCUAUUAUAACGACUUCAUCGGUCUGGCCAAGGAGAGCCAGAGGAUCAUUGUGGAGGAACUGGAGGCCCUGCGGCUCAGUCCAACCCCAGUAACCCCAGCACAGGUCAGCGUGGAUCUCAACCGGGUCCUCUUCAAAAUCAAGGACCUGCUGAGGCAGCUGCCGCCAGCUCAUUACAAGACGCUGCAGUUUCUUAUAGAGCAUCUGCACCGGGUGACAGAGCAGUCAGAGGAGAACAAGAUGACAGCGAGCAACCUUGGUAUCAUCUUCGGACCAACACUGAUCAAACCGAGGCAGGCGGACGCAGAUGUUUCCCUCUCCUCUCUGGUGGAUUAUCCGUAUCAGGCACUCAUUGUUGAGCUCCUGAUCAGACAUUACCAGAUGAUCUUUGACACCCCACUCAGUCCCCUGAGUGGCACCUCACCUACAGACGUUGAUGCCACCCGCCUCACCCACCAGGAGAAGGAGCAGCAGCUGAGCAGGCACUCCAGGUCGCUGGGAGACAUUAAGGAGCAGAGCUCUAAGGUGUAUAAGAGGCAUUCCUCCAUAAUUCCUUCCUCCCACUUAUUGGCUGAGGUUCAGGAGACACUGCCAAGCCUUGACGGAAGCGACUUUGAACCUGUUGAUGAAGUGGACUCAGAGGCCUUCAAUGGGAUUUUGUCAUCAGGCGUCCCAGAGCUCCCAAAAUCUGGUGAGAGCAGCCUCUGUCGUUCCCAGCAUAUCACUGUCGCCAGGGUCCAGCUCCGACACCCUCGCAACAAACUCUCCUCCCGGCCGGCGAGCAUGCCAGCUGAACGGUUACUCAACCGAGGCCAAGUGGAUGAGAACAAUAGUCGGAACAGCACCGACCAAGACGACAGGAGAGGAGGCAGUUGCGACCAGUCCAUUGAAGAGGUGGACGAAACUGAGAGUGCAAAAUUGCGAGUGGGCACGCAUUACCGGAGUACAUUUAUUGACACCCAGACAUUACGCAGAACUUGGGACAAACAGUACAAGCACGAUGUUACUUCCAGAACUGUCAGAAUUGUGACCAGUUCGUCCACAGAGAGUACGGCAGCGGACGCCAGCAACUUUUCAACUUCUGUGCCCGUAUCCUCAUCAUCUUUCUCGCUCGGAACUACUGCGAGUAACAUUGGCACCUUCCCUAACAGACCUUACACUGUCGCAGUGCGACCUAGCAGGACUUUAAGAAGGGAGGACAAUGUAAGCAAAUACAACCUUGUAACAACAGCUUUCAGGGCUCCCAGAACUCUGCAGCCUCCACCUGGGACCUUCUACAAGCCCCCGUCAGGGAGCAAAGCUAAAGAGAUGCAGAACAGCGCAUUAGCUAACAGUGCAGAGGAAGAAGAUGAUGAGGAGGAUGAGGAUGAUGAAGAGGAGGAGUUGGGGAUUGAGAUAGAGGUGUCUGUAGAUGAGCCUCUUGAGGAAGACAAUGAGGCCGAGCAGGCUCAGUCUCCAAGCUCUAGCCCAGAGGAACUGGGCCCAAACCAGGCCAAACCAGUGUACCAGAGACUACGGCCCAGACGCCUCCAAGAGGUCGAACAUCGAGAGGCUCACUUUGUGUGAUCAUGCGAGUCAUGGGCUAUCAGAGAUCUUAAAAAAACAGUGCUCGACUGUGAACAGUGUGUGCCAUCAGACAAAGAAUAAAAAACAUCUGCAUUGACUCUGCAAAGACAAUUCCCAGAUGGACAAUUAAAUGUACCUUUUGUCCUCAAAAGACAAACAAGAUGCACUUAAAAAAAGCUGUAUAUAUUUUUAACAUGAUUCACCAUUUACCAAUCACUUGCUCAAUACACUCUGGCACCUGGUCAGAAUAUUUAUAAUUCUUUUUUUUUUUUUUUUUUUUAAACUGUGCAAUUACAUUUUAUUUGAAUAUUUUGUACCAAGUUCUUACAGGCUCACCAUGUAUGUUUAUAUACCAAAAAAAAGAAAAAUUGUUGAAUUGUUACAAUAGUGCAUGUAGCCACAACACUGAAAAAAAGUUUGGUGCACUUAUCAGUACUCUCACACAAAUCUUUUCUGUUUCUACCUACUGUGAGUCAGAAUGUUUUAAACUGUUACAUUUAGAUUAUAAUUAAUCAUUUUGCUAAUAACUUGUGUAUAAAGCAAUAUAUUGACCUUCGUUACAUGCUGUACUGGGUCUCUGCAUUGGCGUUUGUUGAUGUUAUGAAGCAGCAGUUGCAAAGGGUAUAAAUCCACUUGUUUUUUUUACUGUUGAACUUGUAUGGUGUCAACUUACACUGAUCUGAAAAGCUUUUAGAAAUGCCUCUGGAUUGUAUAAUGGCAUUCUAUUUCUUAUUUUGAUAUAACAUUUCUUAAUAGCCAAAGCUGUAUUCUUUUUACAACUGACUUAGUUUGAUAAAUAACCUAAACCUUACAGGUUCUUUGUAAGUAAUAGGAAGAGCAGCAUUUAUUUAAAUGGUAUCUGUUUUUCAUGGUAAUGUACAAGGUUGACAGAAUGUUGAAGAGUUCAGUAUAAAAAAAGAACAGGUACAUGAAAACACCCUUUUGUAACUUAUUAAAAUAUAUCCGACAACUUCCAACUUCCAA